CAUCAUAUCAUUCUCUGUGAAAACAACCUACCAUGUGCAGUUUGUGGAUUAAAUGGAUAGCAAUUACAAUGCUAUUUAUUAUGACCAAUGGUCAACUGCUCAAGCAAGCAAAAGCCCCACUGUUACUCCAUAAGCCUUUCAUUGUUGUUUGGAAUGCACCUACAGAACAGUGCAGGCUCCGGUACAAGGUGGACUUAGACCUCAGCGUUUUUGACAUUGCUUCAAACACUAAUGAGACUUUGAGCGGAUCCAAUGUGACAAUCUUUUAUCACACUCAUCUGGGGCAUUACCCCUUUUACUCUGACAAUGGAUAUCCUGUCAAUGGAGGGGUGCCACAAAAUGAAAGCCUUAUAAAACACCUUAACAAAGCUAAGUCUGACAUUGACUAUUCCAUACCCAUGAAGAAAUUCCAAGGCCUUGCAGUCAUUGACUGGGAAAACUGGAGACCCCAAUGGGAUAGGAAUUGGGGUAAUAAAACCAUUUAUAGAAAUAAGUCUCUCGAACUAGUUAGGAGGCACCAUCCUCAGUGGUCAGAGGACAAACUUAGGAAAGUUGCUAAGGAGGAAUUUGAGAAUGCUGGCAAGAGUUUUAUGAACAACACUAUUCUUCUGGCUGAACAUAUGAGACCAAAUGGUCUCUGGGGCUACUAUCUUUACCCAGACUGCUACAAUUACGAUUACAAGGAACAUCCACAAGCAUACACAGGAAAAUGCCCAGACAUUGAAUCUGCCCGCAAUGAUCUCCUGAUUUGGUUAUGGAAAGAAAGUACUGCUCUCUAUCCCUCUAUUUACCUGGAUUAUAUAUUGAAGUCAAGUCCAAAUGCUCUGAAAUUUGUUCACUAUCGGGUUAAGGAAGCAAUCCGUAUUGCCUCUAUUGCUAGGAAAGACUAUAUAUUGCCUGUUUUUGUUUACUCCAGACCAUUUUAUGCCUAUACUUUCUGUGUGUUGACAGAGAUUGACCUGGUGAACACUAUUGGUGAAAGUGCUGCCUUGGGAGCAGCAGGGGUUGUUCUUUGGGGAAGCAUGCAAUAUGCCAGCUCAAAGGAGAGCUGUUCAACUGUGAAAAGAUACAUAGAUGGUCCCUUAGGACACUAUGUCAUUAAUGUGACCUCAGCUGCCAAACUCUGCAGUAAAGUUUUGUGCAAGAAAAAUGGAAGAUGUAUCCGUAAGAACAGUGAAUCUUCUGCUUAUCUACACUUGUCACCCAACAGUUUUAAGAUCAGAGUCCACUAUUCUGAAAAAGGUCCAAGAUUUGUAGUCACUGGUAAACCUGGACCUGAAGACAUAGAAGCCAUGAAGCAGAGAUUCAUGUGCCAGUGUUACCAAGGCUGGACUGGGAUAUUUUGUGAACUACCCAAUCAAAAGUUACUUGGCCAUUUAGCUCAAGUACCUAACUUCCUCUUACUUGGAGCUAUGCAGAUUUUUCUGCUUUUCAUUGCACUCUAAUAUUUCCUGAAACAAGACAAGGAAGCAAGAAACAGUGUAGCUGAGGUCUCUUUCCUUUCCUCAGAUGGGAAAUGCUAUCCAGACUGUUGCUAUAUCAUCUUCCUUCUGUUUCAUUCAAAUCCCAGUGGGACUGCACCACAUGUUAAGCAGGUUUCUACUACAGCUCUCUCCUAAUUGGACAACUAGUGUGGCCCCUAGUUUUUCCAGUUAAAACUCCCACUGAUCCAACUAAUGUAUUGAGAAAAGCUAGGUCUGGACUUUAGGAUAUGGCUCUAUAGGAGCAGAAAAUAAGAAUACAAUAACUAUUAGUUUUAGAGGACGGACAAAAUGGAUGUCAUGGCUUGUAUAGCAGCUUCUACAGAUGGGGUCUGAAGGGUUCAGGGAAUUGUGCAUAGUAUUAUAAAUGUAUUUUUAAGUGUGUGACCAGCAGAUUUUCUCAGGCGGUUUGGGCUGACAUGUUAGUACAGUAAAGAUUAAUAUUUUCUGUGAUUAUUUGUCCUGUUGAUUUGGAAGUUAAUAUUUUACUUGAAUGUUACUGUC